CUUCCUUUUUCUUUUCUUAAAUAUCCAAAAACCAUGGAAUCCCUCGCUGGUACAAGCUGGGAUGUCGUGAUUGAGGGGACGGGGCUGCAGCAGUCUCUACUGGCACUGUGAGUGCCUCUGGCCUAACCUUGCUUUGCUUUGCUUUGCUUGCGUCAUGUCUGACUGACGCAGCCUUUGAAGGGCUCUGUCGCGAUCGGACAAGAAGGUGCUUCACGUCGAUGGGAAUAACUACUAUGGUGGCUCCGAAGCUGCCUUCAGCUUACAGGAAGUGGAAGCUUGGGUGGAGAGCUUAACAGCUACCCCUGCCGCGCCAUUCUCAAAUGUGUCAUUGCGGAAAGCAGAAACGAGCGCGUCGAGUGCGAAGAAGCUGUCCCCUUCACGGGCGUACACUCUUACACUCUCGCCGCAGAUCAUAUAUGCCAAAUCCAAGCUCGUCUCACAGCUGGUAUCUUCACAAGUCUACCGACAACUGGAGUUCCAGGCUGUGGGGAACUGGUGGUUAUAUAAAAAUACCUCUGGUGCCUCCCCGGCUGCGCAUGAAGCUGGAAAGCUGAGGCGCAUGCCGAAUGGCCGAGAAGAUAUCUUCUCGGACAGGAGCAUUGAUGUCAGAGCCAAGCGCGGGCUGAUGAAGUUCAUCAAGUUCGUUGUUGACUUUGAGAACCAGACAGGUGUAUGGGAGACCCAUGCUGAUACUCCCUUCGUGGAGUUUCUGGCGUCACAGUUCCAGCUGCCCCCAUCUAUGCAGACAUAUCUUGUUGCUUUGACCCUGUCAUUGGAGCCCCCGGCGGUUACUUCUGUUCGAUAUGCCCUGCCUAGGAUUGCAAGACAUCUUACAUCAAUUGGUGUAUUUGGACCUGGCUUUGGGGCAGUCGUCCCAAAGUGGGGUGGGGGUGCAGAGAUUGCACAGGUGGGAUGUAGAGCAGGCGCCGUUGGAGGUGCUGUCUAUGUUUUGGGCACUGGCAUUUCUGGCAUCGACACUGGCUCGACUGACGUUAGCCUCAAGUUCACCAAUGACGAGGCUGUUCAGUCUCGGUACUACGUCUCUUCGCAAGAUAAGGCCAUCAAAGAAAUCGACCCGGACGCCUCGACGGUUUCGAAGCUCGUCGCCAUCGUUUCCUCCGACCUGUCGUCUCUCUUCGUCUCAACCGUGGAAGGUGCCCCGAUUGCAGCGGUUGCAGUUGUCGCCUUCCCGGCCGACGCGGUCGAUGUGGAUGGUCAAACCUCAACGCAGCCGAUAUUUAUCAUGGUGCAUUCGAGCGACUCGGGGGAGUGCCCUCAAGGACAAUAUGUACUAUACGCCAGUACCACCAAUAUUCGAAACCCGAAAGGGCGCUUGGAAUCAGCUGUGUCAAAACUUUUGAAAUUCAUGGAUGCUUCACGUGCAGAUACGGAGGGUUCGGAGCAGGAUGCUGUUCUCUUCGAGAUGUAUUAUGAACAGUGCCGUUCUUCAACUUCGAACCUGGCGUCUAACACUUCAUGUGCCUUGCCAUCUUCGUCAUUGGACCUGUCGUUCGACGAUACUACAUUGGAUGGCGUCGAGGACGCAUGGCGUCGUAUUAUGGGGAGUCCUGAAACGGAAUCUCCAUAUAUGGUGUUCGAGACUCGAGAGCAAUUGGGUGAUGAUGAUAAUGGCAUGGAUGGACUAUAAUGACAUCUUUAGAGGCGGCGCGUUAGGAGUUUGCAACAUACCCAUGAAUGAAUUAUAUGCUAUUUUCCGAACCUCUUGCCGAUCUACCGUAGUACCUGACAGCCAACACGAGGCAAUCAUGUGCCGCAAAGCGCUUUCGCCUGGCUCAAUUCCGUCCGAUCAAUCACGGCCCGUGCUACCCUUCGGUUGAGCGGGCCCGACUAUGCCG